AAACAAUGAGCGCUCGCCACUCUUUUAUCUGUUCCCUCUCCAUCUACCCUUCUUCCUUCCCUCUCCUCCUUGGCCAUGGCGACUACAUCCUCUCUCUCCGCGGCGCAGGUCGUCGUCGUUCGUCUCUUUUCGCUUCCCAUGGGAAGUUCGGCAACGGUGUCUCCGUUAAUCACCGGAGCUCAUCAAUGGCUUCUUGGGGGGCAGCUUCGUCUCUACGUCCUCUCCGAGGAGGACUCUCCCAACGUUUCUGCACCCUAUCCGUUCGAAAAUUCCCUUCGGUUGGGGGUAUCAAAAGGGCGGAAUCAGUUCGGCAUCGCGGAAUGGUUUGUGCGGCGGCCACUGGCUCUACGGAAAAAGAGCUGCAAGCAAAAGUAACAAAGAAGUGCUUCUUUGAUGUGGAAAUUGGUGGAGAGCCUGUUGGUAGGAUUGUAAUAGGCCUCUAUGGAGAGGUGGUUCCCAGGACUGUUGAAAAUUUUCGUGCUUUGUGCACUGGAGAAAAAGGCAUUGGUUAUAAGGGGUGUUCCUUUCAUCGUAUUAUCAAGGAUUUCAUGAUCCAGGGUGGGGACUUUGAUCAUGGAAAUGGAACGGGAGGAAGGAGUAUUUAUGGUCCUCAAUUUGAUGAUGAAAGUUUCACUUUGAGGCACAUAGGCCCUGGAGUCUUGAGCAUGGCAAAUGCAGGACCAGAUACAAAUGGCAGCCAGUUUUUUAUAUGCACAGUGAAGGUAAGCAUUCUUCGCUAAUGUGCUUUACUGCUACUGAAUGCAUGUAUACCAGACACCAUGGCUGGAUAAACGUCAUGUCGUGUUUGGGCAUGUCUUGGAAGGAAUGGAUAUUGUGCGGAAGCUUGAAUCUCAGGAAACUAGCAGAUCUGAUGUCCCACGCCUGCCAUGCAGGAUCGUAAACUGUGGUGAGCUGCCCAUGGAUGCCUGAUUGUUUAGAAAUGCCAAUAAGCUGGACUUUUAGGCUUGUCUUCGUUUGGCAAUUUGUAUUUUGUUUUCUGGAUUUUCUUUUCCUUUGUUUUGUGGGUGAAUAAAUGUUUAUAAAGGCACAGAGAGAGAGAGAGAGAGAGAGUUUUGUCUUGGUGUCAGUACUUUCAGGUAACCCUUGCUCCUAGCUUUGAUAUUUCUAUAGACUUGUUGUGAGAGCAAAGAUUUGUAAAUCAUGUAACAACAUACAAAAUCUUUCAGGUUCCGUGAUCUCCUUGACAGAAGCUAAUCUUUCCUCCUUGAACUCAAA